UUCUAUCCUUUUGGCCGAGGAUUUCUCGCCUUUCUGUUGGUAGCGCAUUUUUUCUUCCUCCUUAUCUGGUUUCGGGUUCAUCUUCCUCCACCGCGGAACUCGGCCAUGGGGCGCCGGAUGCGCGGCGGCAUUCGAUUCAGGCCGUUGUGUUCUUCUCAGGCGAGGAGUUUGUUUGCGGUUUUAUUAGGUUUCGCCAGGGAAUUUCGGGCCCGGUGCGCAGGAGGGAGGGAAUGUGGAGAUCCGAGCUCGAUUUAUGAUCCCCGGGACCAGAAAUUAGCCAUCGAUGCUGGCGUAAAGGCGCCCGCUUUUGCCCCCAGUUCCUCCCGUCCCUUUCCGCUCCCGCGCCCGAGAAUUUAUUGCUCCGACGCGCGCCUGCCUCUGCCAGAUUCCCUGCCCCGCCUGCGUACCCGGCCUCCGGAGCUCUCGAUUCCCGGACUAAACCGGGGAACUCAGCCGCAUUCCGCGUGGAAAGCUCCGAGUUCUUGGUGUUUCUCCUCCUCUCCCCCGCGGAGAAGACUGCAGAGUGCAGACGCUCCUCGGACAGCUCCCCCUUUUUCUUUUGCUUUGUGCCUUCAGGGCUCGUUCCUCUGGUCCACAGUUUUCUGGAGUACAUCGCCAAGGUUACAUCUCGUUCAUCCACCACAGUUUGUAUCAGAAACAUUUUGAACUCAGCAGCUCGAGUUUUUAACUUCUCAUCGUCCCAUGAAGUGUGCAAGCAAAGCCGAUCUCCUUUCUCUCUCUCAUGUGAGCCCGUGCCUGCUAAAUCAUCUCUCAUCUGACGACGGCAAAAGCGCAGCCUUAAAAAGCCUCUCUCGCCGCCUGCAAAGAUUCCUUUGGAUGGUAAUCAUGGCCAUGAGUUGCUAAACCCGAUCCAAUGCACUCUGCAUCAUGUUACCCCCUGCCCCUGUUGGCUGCUGCUGCAUCUCCACUUUUCCAACUUGCCCCCUCCUGCCGCCAGGCACAGUCGUUCAUCGCUUCGUUCGACGCGCCAUUUUGCCAUCUUCUCUCGGUUUUAAACAAGAACAGGGCCGUCGACUGUGCUCUCCUUGCGCCCGUCUGGCCUACCAACGCCUGCGAAAAACCCAGCCUUAGCCAUGUGUGUGUCCAGGUUUUCCUGUGAGGACGGCAUCGCGCUACAGUAACACCACCAGGCCUCCUCUUUAAGUCUUUAUGUCCCGUAGGUUCAAAUUUUAAGGCUUCAAAUGCUACUUAAGAGCCUCCCAAGACGCUCCACUCUGCGCUAUUGCUGCCCUGCUGGCUGUUUGUACCGGCGGCGGCUUAUAAACGCUCUUGUUAUUUAGUUAGCUUGAUUGAUUAGCUGGCCUUGCGGAUCUCAGGAAUCUCAAAGCUUUGCUGAUGUUGUAGUGCUCGGAGGUAGUGUUUUAGUCAGAACAAGGCGAUGAUCAACUUGUUCGACCUGAGCACGGGGAUGGCCAGCACCAAGGCACUCUCUGACAGAGCUCACAGAGAAGAUUCUCCAGUUCGUAGAGGCCGGACAGAUAUCAAGAGAACCGUUGAUCCUGCUAAAGUUUGUAUAGAGGAUAAACUGGAGACAAGUACUAGGAGUUCUUUAAGCAGCAAAUCAGAUGCAUCACCCAUGAAGAAGCUACUAGCAAACCAGAUAGCCAAAGAAGUGGAAUCAAAGAGGAAACCACCAAGUGUUGUUGCCAGGUUGAUGGGGCUUGAAGAUGAUCUACCUGCUCAAGAACAGGCAUUACAUUCUGCCAAAAGUAAUUUGAGGAGAAGUCAUUCACAUGAUAAGUAUGCAGCAACAAAGAGGGCCCUGCAGCAGCAAGAGCAGCACCUCUACAGCAAAACAACACGGGGCAAACACACAGGCCCCAAGGAAACAGUAGAAUUUAAGGAUGUGUAUGCAGUCUGCGAAGAACCAUUAAGAACACAUCAUCUUCAGGACCAAACUUCUUCAGGACUGAGGUCUUCACAAAACAAGAGAGACGAAAGGAUAGAAGUUGUUCGACAAAAGUUCAUACAAGCAAAACGCCUCGCCACAGAUGAAAAUUUCCUUCAUUCAAAGGAGUUUCAUGAAGCCCUGGAGGUUCUAAGUUCAAAUAAGGAUCUGUUUCUAAAGUUCCUUGAAGAACCAAGCUCUGUUUUCUCGAACCCGCUCUAUGGACAACACACAAUGGCUGCACCACCUCAGACAAAGCGCAUUACUGUCUUGAAACCAUUUAAAUCUGCUGAGAAUAAAGGGGCAAGAGAAAGCAGAACACACCAAGCUGAUGAAGAAAAUGACUUUGUAAUGGGAAAGUCACACAAGAGAUCUCAUUCAGCAGAAGAUACCUUCUCGAAGCCAAACAGGAUAGUGGUCCUAAAGCCAAGUCCUGGGAAACCUAACAGAGCACAUGCCAGGCUAACUCCCAGAUCAUCUCCAUUUGAACUGAUUCAGCGGACAGCCUUUCUUGGUGAUUUACAAGAUGGUACAUCCACCCUAGGAUGUACAGAAGUAUCGGGUGCUUCGGCUCAAUACCUGCCAGAAGAUCGGCGGCGGCGGGAUGAGUCUCUACUGUCUUCUGUAUACUCAAAUGGGUAUAAUGGAGAUGAGAGCUCUUUAAGCAGGUCAGAAGGUGAUAACAUUGAUGAAGAUGGUGGUAGCCUAAGUGACUCGGAGGUAGUCAGUCCAGUGUCGCGGCAUUCAUGGGAUUAUAUCAAAAGAUAUAGCAGUACUUACUCAUCUUCAACUCAUAGCAGGGCAUCUCAUUCACAUUCAGCUGAGUCGUCUGUGAUCAAAGAAGCCAAAAGGCGACUUUCCGAGAGAUGGACAACGGUAGCAUGUGAUGAGAUCAGUCAAGAAGUAAAGUUGCCAAGGACCUCAAGAACUCUGGGUGACAUGCUCUCCAUCAGAGAAACUGAGAGAGAGGAAACUGAUGCUGUAAUAAACUCUGCUUCAAGUAGCCGGUCGUGUGGCACAAAAAAUGAGUUGGCCAUGCAAGCUAGUUCCGUAUCUACAUUAAGAGAGGAUGAAACUGAGGAGAGCUCUCCAAGAAAUUUAGCGAGAUCAAAAUCUCUCCCGGUGUCAUCAGCAAUGUUUGAUAACAUGGUGGUGUCUGCAAAUUCUGAAGGCUGUGAAACACCGAAGGUGGAUACAAGGCAAGGUAAAGGAAAAUUAUCAUUCAAGGGGAAAGUAUCAAGUUUUUUCUUCCCUAGAAGUAAAAGGCUGGCAGAAGAGAAAACCACCCUUCCUUCUGAUAGCUUUGGUGAGAAGGUUCAAGUCACUUUUCUUGACGACAAGCGAUCAGAGACCAAUAGUGACCUUCAAUUUGAUGAGCAAAUAGCAUUUUGCAAGGACAAAGCUGACAAUUCCACCAUACAAACAAAUUGUUCUUUAAAUGUGGAUGUUGGUUCCAUGGAAGCACCUGUGUCUUCUGACUGCCCUAGUGGAUACACUGAUGAACCCACAUCAAACGGUGGCCUAAAAUGCAUGCGCGAUCAGCCUAGUCCUACUUCAGUUCUGGAUGCAUCAUUUGAAGCUAGCAACACUAAUGAACCUGAAUCAUCAAGAAGUACCAGUGCCUGCAAUGAGAGAGUUGCCUUACGAUCUCGUGCAAUUGAGUCUGUUCCCUGCUCGUUAUCAUGCGAGGACACAUACUCACAUUCUCCAUUACACAUGCAUCAUCUGAAUUCCUCAAAUGCAGAGGAUAAUGAAUCAGAAUGUUAUGCCCUUGUACAGAAGAUACUAUCAUCUGCUGGAUUAGACAACCUACAAGUGAGUAUGGUUUUCACAGGUUGGCAUUCAGCUGAUUGUCCUCUUGAUCCUGCACUGUGUGACAAGUUCUUGGACCGCAAGGAGGAGGCUGCUAAAUCGAGGGAGCGUAGGUCGAACCAAAAGCUUCUCUUCGAUUGUGUAAACAUGGCAUUGGUUGAGACUGGCCAGGAAGCCUUGCUAAGAACCUACCCGUGGGGUAAAGCAUGCUUCGGAGCACGGAGCGAGGCACUGUCUCAAGAUCUAGGGGAAGAAGUAUGGAACCAUGUGAGGGAUUGGCUUUACGGGGUGGACAGAUUGGCGGCAAACGAGUACGGCGAUGCUGCAAUGAUGCUGGAAAGAAUCGUGCACCAGGAGGUGGAAGGAGGAGGCUGGAUGAAAUCAGCGAGGUCGGAAGCGGAUGAGAUCACAAAACAGAUUGCAGAUGGUCUGUUGGUGGAGCUAGUCGGAGAAGCCGUGGCGGAUCUCACAGUUUGUUUUCCACAGCAAGACCUCGCAAUGCCAAUGCCAAAUCUGUAGGAAGCAACUGCUCUGUGUGUGAUGCUGUUAUCAUAGGAGAAGUGGUCUUAAAUUUGUUGUGCUGAGAGAAACCUUCAGCAUCUUCAUACUACUAGCUUGUAACCCAAGCGCACGUAGUAGUUGCUUCUGCAUAUACCUGUAGCGCACCACAGAUUGUAUUACAGCCCUUUUGGUCAAAGCAUGUCAAUUGUGCAGCUCUGCACAAGCCAUGUGGCAACUAGUUUUUCCUUUUUAACUGUCACAGUAGUAGCAUAUUUUACUGUCACCAGCUCCAGCGGCAUGUGGUUUCAGUAUUAUUCUAACUCUCCUUAAAGGAAUGGAAAAAAGUUUGCAAGACCCA